AUGUCGAAUAAUCAAUCCAGCGAUGCUCUCAUAUUCCCCGAUUCGAAUCGGGUAUUCUUAGAGCCCCAUCUUCCGCCAAAAAUUCAAUUUCCACAAUCCCCAGAUUCUGAUCUUCCCUUCACCACACUCACCUUUGCUACUUCCCUCGAUUCAGCUCUGGCCCUGUCACCCGGCGCAAAAACUGUACUGUCAGGGCCGCAAUCAAAAGCGAUGACCCACUAUCUCCGGUCGCGUCAUGAUGCUAUCCUCAUUGGGGUUGGCACUGCGGUUGCAGAUGACCCUGGAUUGAACUGCCGCAUCGCCGGCGUCGGCGGUUACGGUGGUCAAGGUCUAGAAGGACAACCCCGACCGAUCGUCAUCGAUCCCAGCGCCCGAUGGGACUUUACAGAGAGCUCCAAGAUUCUGACGCUGGCCCGGAAAGGUCGCGGUCGAGCGCCCUUCAUCAUCACAGGGGCGCAGUCCGUCCCCGCAGAGAAGAAAGCUCUGUUGGAUAGACACGGCGGCAAGUUCAUCUCUCUCGAUGUGGUGACUUCUGAAUCAGGAGAGCAUCGCAUGGACUGGACUAUGCUGCUUAAGGCCCUCAGCAAAGAAGGACUGAAGAGUGUCAUGAUUGAAGGAGGGGGGACCAUCAUCAAUUCUCUCCUGGAGCCGUCCUACCAAAAUCUCAUUGACUCGGUCAUUGUCACGAUCGCUCCAACCUGGCUCGGACAAGGAGGAGUGGUCGUUUCGCCUAAGCGACGAUUCAACGAGCAAGGCGUGGCCAUUCCCGCAUCGCGAUUGACCGGCGUGAAAUGGUAUCCUUUCGGAGAGGACGUUGUGCUUUGCGGGAGGAUCAAGUCCUGA